AUGCACAACCUUUUUCUCGGGACUGCAAAACGAAUGAUGGAUAUUUGGAUUGCAAACAAUUUGCUUGAUGACAAAGAUUUUGUAGAGAUGCAGGAAGAGGCUAAUAGAAUGGUACUCCCUGUAGGAUAUACGACUCUGAAGAUAAAGAUUGGAAAGAAAUUUCCGUUUAUGAAGGCAGAUGAGUGGAAAUCAUGGUGCCUGAUAUACUCUCCUGUUCUGCUUAAGACACGCCUAGAAUUGACGAAGCCAAGUAUCACCAAAAAUGGGAUCAAAAAAGCUCACGAAAGUUUGGAGGAGUUCUGUGUUGGUUGUGAAGACUUUUAUAAACCAGAUGUAUUCACGCAAAACAUGCAUCUCCAUCUCCAUCUAAAAGAAACGAUUGAGGACUUUGGGCCAAUUUACGGAUUUUGGCUAUUUAGCUUUGAGCACUAUAAUGGUGUAUUGAAAGGGUUUGAGACAAACCAGAAGAGUGGGUUCGAGAAUACCUACAUGAAAAGGUUUCUUGAGAAUUCUUACAAUGGUGACUUUUGUCAAGUGCAUCUCAGAAAUGUUACCAGCCCUUUACUCCUCUCUCUCUUUCUCAAGCUGUCUGGUCGUAAAAUCUAUAAUCCUGCACUUUCGCCACAUCCUUUAAUACCGUCAUUCUUUCACUUGCCAACGUUCCUACAAUCCGCUGAAAAGCCUUCAAAGCAAACAUUUGGCAACGAACCUCUACCUCUUUCCGCUCUACCAUUGUGUUUGAAGCCACCAACAACAAUGAGAAAAUCCAAGUAUGAUUGUCUGCUUGAUUUCUAUAAAAUUGAGUAUGACAAUGAUUCUCUUUGCAGUGCCAAGACAACAAUCAGGAAUUGUUGGUUUGUGAAUGACCGAAUCCAGAAGAUUUCGUCCAUCAAUCUUCUUGGACAAGUUUACACAGGUGGAGAAGGCUUGGUCGUGAGAGGAUCGCAUAUACAAGCGAAAUUUAUUGAAAAAAGUGGAGACUCUGAGGAAAGAUAUGCUGGUCAUAUUAAGUACUUGUUCUUGCACGAUUUUACACCAAACCUCACGCACACCAACCUUUCCCCUUGUCACAACCCCCAACACGUAUUUGCCUUCGUUGAGUGA